AUGUCUUCAUACUACCACUUCAACGGUCACCAACAACAUCCAACAAGCGUCGCAGCGCCACCCAUCUCCCAUGGCCACCAUGGAGGCCGGAAUCGGAGAGCACCGCGGCUGUCGGUGUCCCAGAACUCCCACAAGCAUUUCCGGGGAGUGCGGAGCAUGAAAGAACUGACCGAGACGGCCUCGCUAUCCACCUUCCGCCUAAAGUUUGAGGCCGGCCGGUCUUUCGACCUGGAGGACGACCUGGAGUUCUGUCCCGGCCUCUUGACCGACAAUGAUAUGGUGUCAAUCCACAGCGCAUCCUCGGAACGCUCGUCCGUGGCGAGCCACUCGCCAGAAUCGUCGCCAACCCAACAACCAAACACUGUCGCUCCAAGCUUCUCUCUCAACUCGACAUCUCCUGCAUUCGUCCCUCCGUUCCAGACCCAUCACUCGUCCCUGAAACUGCACCAGCCUGCGGCGACUCGUGCUCGUGGUAGCGCCAUCCCUAUCAUCAACCCUUCCACCGGCAUUACCAUGUCGAGCCCGCCACCGUCGGUAUCUCCCGCCCGGAUGCAGCAGGCCAUUGGCCGGCGAUGGUAG